GGAUGGACGCAUGCGCGGGCGGGCGGCCUCCCCGCCUGCCGCCGUGGGCUAGAUGAAGCCGUGCGGCGGCGGGGCUCCCAGACGGGCGGCCGGCUCCGGGGCGGUGUGUGUGCUGCAUGUGCGUGUGUGUGCGUGCGUGUGUGUGUGUGUGCGUGUGUGUCUCGGGGGGGCGGGGGGCGCGCCGCGCCUCCACCGCGCGGGGCCCGGCGAGCUGAAAGAAAUAAAAGGAUCGGGAUAAUAAUCGCAAUAAUAAUAAAAAAAGCAAAGAAAAGAAAAGGGAAAGAAAAGAGGGAGGCGAGAGAAUAAGGAGAAUAAAAGGAGGCCGGGCUGCUUUGCAUUGAAGACCGGGGCGCUAUUGAAAAGCGCUUGAAAAGCGGCGUUGUUCGGCGCGGGUGCGCGCCGCGGCCGGCGCGGUAUAUUAGAGCGGGGCGGCGGCGGCGGCGGGCAGCAGCGGCGGCGCCUCCCUCCCUCGCAGCGCGUCCCCGGCGCGGAGCGGCGGCCUGCAGGCAGCGCGGCGGCGGCAUGCGUGCGCCCCGGCGGGCGGCCGCGGCGCCGGGCUCCCUCGCCCUCCUCCUGGCCCUGCUGGGGCUGCGGGCAAAGGUGACUCUAGCAUCGGGACAGUUCGAGUUGGAGAUCUUAUCCAUGCAAAAUGUGAAUGGAGAACUGCAGAAUGGAAAUUGCUGUGAUGGCACCCGGAACCCAGGAGACAAAAAAUGCACCAGAGACGAGUGUGAUACCUAUUUUAAAGUUUGCCUGAAGGAGUAUCAAUCCCGGGUCACUGCUGGUGGCCCUUGCAGCUUCGGAACCAAGUCAACUCCUGUCAUUGGAGGAAAUACCUUCAACUUAAAAUACAACCGGAAUAAUGAGAAGAACCGGAUCGUCAUCCCGUUCAGCUUCGCCUGGCCGAGAUCCUACACAUUGCUUGUUGAGGCAUGGGAUUACAAUGAUAACUCUACUAAUCCUGAUCGCAUUAUUGAAAAGGCAUCCCACUCCGGCAUGAUCAAUCCGAGCCGUCAGUGGCAGACUUUGAAACAUAAUGCAGGAGUUGCCCACUUCGAGUAUCAGAUCCGUGUGACUUGUGCAGAGCAUUACUAUGGCUUUGGCUGCAACAAGUUUUGUCGACCAAGAGAUGACUUCUUCACUCACCAUACUUGUGACCAAAAUGGCAACAAAACAUGCUUGGAAGGCUGGAUGGGACCAGAAUGCAACAAAGCUAUCUGUCGUCAGGGAUGUAGCCCCAAGCAUGGUUCUUGCACAAUUCCAGGAGAGUGCAGGUGUCAGUAUGGAUGGCAAGGCCAGUACUGUGAUAAGUGCAUUCCACACCCGGGAUGUGUCCAUGGCACUUGCAUUGAACCAUGGCAAUGCCUCUGUGAAACCAACUGGGGUGGUCAGCUCUGUGACAAAGAUCUGAACUACUGUGGAACCCACCCACCCUGUUUGAAUGGUGGUACCUGCAGCAACACUGGCCCUGACAAAUACCAAUGUUCCUGCCCUGAAGGUUACUCAGGACAGAACUGUGAAAUUGCGGAACAUGCCUGCCUUUCUGAUCCCUGUCACAAUGGAGGAAGCUGCUUAGAAACUUCUACAGGAUUUGAAUGUGUGUGUGCACCUGGCUGGGCUGGACCAACUUGCACUGAUAAUAUUGAUGAUUGUUCUCCAAAUCCCUGUGGUCAUGGAGGAACUUGCCAAGAUCUAGUUGAUGGAUUUAAGUGUGUUUGCCCACCUCAGUGGACUGGUAAAACAUGUCAACUAGAUGCGAAUGAAUGUGAGGGCAAACCCUGUGUCAAUGCCAACUCCUGCAGGAACCUGAUUGGCAGCUACUAUUGUGACUGCAUUACUGGCUGGUCUGGCCACAAUUGUGAUAUAAAUAUUAAUGACUGUCGUGGACAAUGUCAGAAUGGAGGAUCUUGCCGGGACUUGGUUAAUGGUUAUCGGUGUAUCUGUUCACCUGGCUAUGCAGGAGAUCACUGUGAGAAAGACAUCAAUGAAUGCGCAAGUAACCCUUGCAUGAAUGGGGGUCACUGCCAGGAUGAAAUCAAUGGAUUCCAAUGUCUCUGUCCUGCUGGUUUCUCAGGAAACCUCUGUCAGCUGGACAUAGAUUAUUGUGAGCCAAACCCUUGCCAGAACGGUGCCCAGUGCUUCAAUCUUGCUAUGGACUAUUUUUGUAACUGCCCUGAAGAUUACGAAGGGAAGAACUGCUCCCACCUGAAAGAUCACUGCCGCACAACUCCUUGUGAAGUAAUUGACAGCUGUACUGUGGCAGUAGCUUCUAACAGCACACCGGAAGGGGUUCGUUAUAUUUCUUCAAAUGUCUGUGGUCCUCAUGGAAAGUGCAAGAGCCAAGCAGGUGGAAAAUUCACCUGUGACUGCAACAAAGGAUUUACUGGCACUUACUGCCAUGAGAAUAUCAAUGACUGUGAGAGCAACCCCUGUAAAAAUGGUGGCACUUGUAUUGAUGGCAUCAACUCCUACAAAUGCAUCUGUAGUGAUGGAUGGGAAGGAACAUAUUGUGAAACAAAUAUUAAUGACUGCAGUAAAAACCCUUGCCACAAUGGAGGAACUUGCCGAGACUUGGUCAAUGACUUCUUCUGUGAAUGUAAAAAUGGGUGGAAAGGAAAAACUUGCCAUUCCCGUGACAGCCAGUGUGAUGAGGCAACAUGCAAUAAUGGAGGAACAUGUUAUGAUGAGGGGGACACUUUCAAGUGCAUGUGUCCUGCAGGAUGGGAAGGAGCCACCUGUAAUAUAGCAAGGAACAGCAGUUGCCUGCCAAACCCCUGUCAUAACGGUGGUACCUGUGUAGUCAGUGGCGAUUCUUUUACUUGUGUCUGCAAAGAGGGCUGGGAAGGACCCACAUGUACUCAGAACACAAAUGACUGCAGUCCACAUCCUUGUUAUAAUAGUGGCACUUGUGUGGAUGGAGACAACUGGUACCGCUGUGAAUGUGCUCCAGGCUUUGCAGGUCCUGACUGCAGGAUCAACAUCAACGAAUGCCAGUCUUCGCCUUGUGCCUUUGGAGCUACAUGUGUGGAUGAAAUUAAUGGGUAUCGUUGCAUUUGCCCACCAGGUCGUAGUGGUCCAGGAUGCCAAGAAGUUACAGGAAGGCCUUGCAUUACCAAUGUUCGAGUAAUGCCAGAUGGGGCUAAGUGGGAUGAUGACUGUAAUACCUGUCAGUGUCUGAAUGGAAAAGUCACCUGUUCGAAGGUUUGGUGUGGUCCUCGACCUUGUAUAAUACAUGCCAAAGGUCAUAAUGAAUGCCCAGCUGGACAUGCUUGUGUUCCUGUUAAAGAAGACCACUGUUUCACCCACCCUUGUGCAGCAGUGGGUGAAUGUUGGCCUUCAAAUCAACAACCCGUGAAGACAAAAUGCAAUUCUGAUUCUUACUACCAAGACAAUUGUGCCAACAUCACCUUUACCUUUAAUAAGGAAAUGAUGGCACCAGGACUUACCACAGAGCACAUUUGCAGUGAAUUGAGGAACCUGAAUAUUCUGAAGAAUGUUUCUGUUGAAUAUUCCAUCUAUAUUACCUGUGAGCCUUCACACUUAGCAAAUAAUGAAAUACAUGUUGCUAUCUCUGCUGAAGAUAUAGGAGAAGAUGAAAACCCAAUCAAAGAAAUCACAGAUAGGAUUAUUGACCUUGUCAGUAAGCGCGAUGGAAACAACACGUUAAUUGCUGCAGUCGCCGAAGUCAGAGUACAGCGGCGACCAGUUAAAAACAAAACAGAUUUUUUGGUGCCACUAUUGAGCUCAGUCUUAACAGUAGCCUGGAUCUGUUGCCUGGUAACUGUUUUUUAUUGGUGCAUUCGAAAACGCAGGAAGCAGAGCAGCCACACACACACAGCAUCUGAUGACAACACUACCAACAAUGUAAGGGAGCAGCUGAAUCAGAUAAAAAACCCCAUUGAAAAACAUGGAGCAAAUACUGUCCCAAUUAAAGACUAUGAAAACAAAAACUCUAAAAUCGCCAAAAUAAGGACACACAAUUCAGAGGUGGAAGAAGAUGACAUGGACAAACACCAGCAGAAAGCCCGAUUUGCCAAACAGCCAGCAUACACAUUGGUAGACAGAGAUGAAAAGCCACCUAACAGCACACCUACAAAACACCCAAACUGGACAAAUAAACAAGACAACAGAGACUUGGAAAGUGCACAAAGUUUAAAUCGAAUGGAGUACAUUGUAUAGCAGACAGUGGGGUGCUGCCAUGCAGGGCCUUUAAAUAUCAUUACAAAGGCACUCAGAGCUUGUAGUUCUUAAACUGUUGUGUAAUAUUUGAGUCUAAGGCUAUUAUUUACUUAGAAUCCCUGUGUUAAUUUAAGUUUUGACAAGCUGGCUUACACUGGCAAUGAUAGUUGCUGUGGUUGGCUGGAAUACCAAGUGCUGCAUUUCACAUCUAUGCAAAACUAGUCAAAAGUGCCCUAAUGUAAAUUCAGCUCUAGCUGAUACAUCAUGGAAACGUUUCAUAAGGUAUUACAUAGCCUUAUUACUCUUGUUUAGUGUUAACUUUUUUUUGCCAGAUGUCCCGAUUUAUACAGUUUCUUUAGAAUAAUACAUUUUAUUUAUAUUUAUUGAAUUUGAGUUUUUUGUAUAUUGGUUUUAUGGUGACGUACAACUAGUUCUGUAUUUGAAAGUGCCUUUGCAGCUCGGAACCACAGCAACUAUCAAAAAUAAGUUUAUUAUUUAUUUUUUUUUAAAUUGUAUUUUUGUUGGGGGUGGGUGGGGGGAAACUUGUCAGCAGUUGCUGGUAAAUGAAGAAUUUAAAGAGGAAAAUGUGUCAAAAAUAGAAGUUUGUAUAGAUAUGUAAAUAAUUCUUUUUUUAUUAAUCACUGUGUAUAUUUGAUUUAUUAACUUAAUAAUCAAGAGCCUUAAAAUAUCAUUCCUUUUUAUUUAUAUGUAUGUGUUUAGAGUUGAAGGUUUUUGAUAGCAUUGUAAGCUUGUGGCUUCUUUAUUUUGAAUUUAUUUUCCUGUUACAUGUUGCCUAUAUGCCAAAAUUAAGGUGUUCUAAAAUAGUUUAUUUUUAUUAGGAUGGGCUUUCAUGCCUUGAUGCUGGUUUUUUGUACAAUGUCAAAUGUUUGAAACACCUUCCAUAGUAUCACUUUAAGACUAUUUGUAAGUACUGACUGAGGCAGUUUAGAUAAUUAGACUAGAAAAAUUUUUUUUGCUGCUUUAGACUUGAAAAAGUGUGACAGGCAGAUAAUCUGCUAAGAAGCAGUUUAAGGGAACAAAACUGAGCUAUAACUUUCUGUAGAUGAAAUGUGAGUGGUUGCAUGUAAUUAAAAUAUCAAAUUAGCGUGUGAAGUUGGAAACACGGCAAUCUUAUUUUGUAAAUUCUGAUUUUUUUUUUUUCCUCCUCACCAUGAAUAUGUAAUACUGAACCACUUGUAGAUUUGACUUUUUUUUUUUUUUCUUGGUAAUCUACUGCAUUUAGGGAGUAUUCUAAUAAGCUAGUUGUUGAAUACUUGAACAGUAGAAUGUCCAGUAAGAUCACUGUGUAGGUUUGCCAUAGAUUACACUGCCCGCCUUAACAAGUGAGGAAAUCAAAGUGCUAUUACAAUGUUUAAGAUCAAAAGGCUUAUAAACAUAGUAAUCUCAGUGGUUAACCAUUGAGAUCAUGAAGAUACCUUGUAUUGUGAUAUUAGUGUUAUAUGAAAAUGCAUCUUUGAUGUGUUGUUCCUGGCAAUAAAUCUUGAAAAGUAAUAUUUAUUAAAUUUUUUGUAUGAAAACAUAAAA